GCGGCGGCGGCGGUGGUGGCGGCGGUGGGGUGGCGGGAGCGGAGCGGCAUGGCCACGGCGGCUUCUAACCCCUACCUGCCGGGGAACAGCCUGCUCACGGCCGGCUCCAUUGUGCACUCGGACGCGGCCGGGGCGGGCGGUGGCGGAGGGGGCGGCGGCGGCGGCGGCGGGGGCGGCGGCGGUGGCAUGCAGCCCGGGAGCGCCGCUGUGACCUCGGGCGCCUACCGGGGGGACCCGUCCUCGGUCAAGAUGGUCCAGAGCGACUUCAUGCAGGCCAUGGCCGCCAGCAACGGCGGCCAUAUGCUGAGCCACGCGCACCAGUGGGUCACCGCCCUGCCCCACGCUGCCGCCGCCGCCGCCGCUGCCGCCGCCGCCGCCGUGGAAGCCAGCUCGCCGUGGUCGGGCAGCGCGGUGGGCAUGGCCGGCAGCCCACAGCAGCCGCCGCAGCCGCCGCCGCCGCCGCCGCAGGGCCCCGACGUGAAGGGUGGCGCUGGGCGCGAAGACCUGCACGCCGGCACCGCGCUGCACCACCGCGGGCCUCCGCAUCUCGGGCCCCCGCCGCCGCCCCCGCACCAGGGCCACCCUGGGGGCUGGGGGGCCGCCGCCGCCGCCGCCGCUGCCGCCGCCGCCGCCGCAGCCGCCGCUCACCUCCCGUCCAUGGCGGGGGGCCAGCAGCCGCCGCCGCAGAGUCUGCUCUACUCCCAGCCUGGAGGUUUCACGGUGAACGGCAUGCUCAGCGCGCCCCCGGGACCCGGAGGCGGCGGCGGCGGCGCGGGCGGUGGAGCCCAGAGCCUCGUGCACCCGGGGCUAGUGCGCGGGGACACGCCCGAGCUGGCCGAGCAUCACCACCACCAUCACCACCACGCUCACCCGCACCCGCCGCACCCGCACCACGCGCAGGGACCCCCGCAUCACGGCGGCGGCGGCGCGGGGCCGGGACUCAACAGCCACGACCCGCACUCGGACGAGGACACGCCGACGUCUGACGACCUGGAGCAGUUCGCCAAGCAGUUCAAGCAGCGGCGCAUCAAGCUGGGCUUCACCCAGGCCGACGUGGGGCUGGCUCUGGGCACGCUCUACGGCAACGUGUUCUCGCAGACCACCAUCUGUCGCUUCGAGGCCCUGCAGCUCAGUUUCAAGAACAUGUGCAAGCUCAAGCCGCUGCUGAACAAGUGGCUGGAGGAGGCGGACUCGAGCACCGGCAGCCCCACGAGCAUCGACAAGAUCGCGGCCCAGGGCCGCAAGCGCAAGAAGCGGACCUCCAUCGAGGUGAGCGUCAAAGGCGCGCUCGAGAGCCACUUCCUCAAGUGCCCUAAACCCUCGGCGCAGGAAAUCACCAACCUGGCCGACAGCCUGCAGCUGGAAAAGGAGGUCGUGCGGGUCUGGUUCUGCAACCGGCGCCAAAAAGAGAAACGCAUGACGCCCCCGGGCAUCCAGCAGCAGACGCCGGACGAUGUCUACUCGCAGGUGGGUACCGUGAGCGCUGACACACCGCCGCCGCACCACGGGCUGCAGACCAGCGUGCAGUGAAGGCCCCGGGGGGCGCGCAGCGCGAAGAGGGCCGCCGCCGCCACCUCCGCAGCCGCUGUCAGCACCGCCACGGUCGCCGCCGCCGCCGC